AUGGGGGCGGUGACGGCGCACGGGGACGACGUGGAUGAGAUGUACGAAAAGCUGUGCCGAGGGGAGAGCGCGAUCGCGACGAUCGAUAAAUGGGACACCGGAGAGAUCGGAACGAAGUUCGCGGGGGAGAUAAAAGCGUUCGAUUGUGGGGAUUAUAUGAAUAAAAAGAUGGCGCGCAGGGUGGAUCCGUACAUUGCGUACAUGAUCGUCGCGGCGAAGCGAGCGCUGGAGUCGGCAAAGGUGAACUGGAACGACGAGUCGGGGGAACAUUACGUCGAUAAAGCGUUGAGUGGAUGUCUGAUUGGUAGUGCGAUGGGGGGGAUGCAAACAUUCGCGACGGCCACGGAGAAUCUCGUGACGCAGGGACACAGAAAGAUGAACCCGUUUUGCAUUCCGUUUGCGAUUACGAAUAUGGGAAGCGCGCUGACGGCGAUGGAUAUUGGAUUCAUGGGGCCGAAUUAUUCGAUCGCGUCCGCGUGUGCGACGGGCAACUUUUGCAUCUUGAAUAGCAUCAUGCACAUUCAAAACGGAGAGGCGAACUUGAUGCUCGCCGGGGCGAGCGACGCGGCUGUCAUUCCCAUCGGUAUGGCGGGUUUCUCCGCGGCGAAGGCGUUGAGCACGCGCAACGAUGACCCCGCGGCGGCUUCGAGACCGUGGGACGCGAACCGAGACGGAUUCGUUAUGGGUGAAGGUGCGGGCGUUCUCGUACUCGAAUCUUUGGAAAGCGCAUUGGCGCGCGGUGCGCCCAUCGUAGCUGAAGUUUUGGGCGGGUUUGCGACGUGUGACGCUCACCACAUGACUGAGCCUCGACCGGAUGGCGUGGGCGUCAACUUUGCCAUCGACAAGGCGCUCGAGAUGACUGGCGUGAAGGCGGAAGAUGUCAACUACAUCAACGCUCACGCCACGUCCACGCCGGCCGGCGAUAUGGCGGAACUCCGUGUGUUGCAAAAGAAGUUCAAGGCGUCGGGGGCGAAGAUUAAUAGCACCAAGAGCUUGAUCGGGCACUUGCUCGGCGCAGCUUCCGCCGUCGAAGCCGUCGUAUGCAUCAAAGCCAUCACUAGCGGCGAAGUUCACCCCAACAAGAACCUCGAAACCCCAGAUGAAGGCGUUGACACCUCGAUGUUGGUUGGCACAACGAGAGAAAAGCUCGACGUGAAGGUUGCUUUGUCCAAUUCUUUUGGCUUUGGCGGGCAUAACUCGGCGGUCCUGUUCGCUCCGUACAAGCCUAAACGCUCGUAA